GGUUUGUCGCUGGUUUUCGAACGACCAGCCUCUGUUCAUUGCAAAAAGAGACAACCAGAUUAGUUCACUUACAAUGCCACCAAAAACACGACGUUCCCUGAAGCGGACGUCGUCUUCAAUAUCUACCGUGUCAACAACCUCCAUGACUUCCCUGUCUCCCUCGCCCUCACCUCCUCCAACACCAGUUUCUGACCCAACUACUUCGACAUCCGAGGCCUUUGUUAAGUUGGACCACAUUCCGGACGGCCCAUGCACAACAUCCUGGUCCUAUUAUUCCACUGUUCCUAAGGAGUGCGCGGAGACGGAGGCGGUUUGUCUGGGAGUGGACGAGGCUGGUCGUGGACCCGUGUUAGGACCAAUGGUAUAUGCAGUAAGCUAUGUCCCUGUCACUAGGAAGGACGAUUUGGCGCAAGUCGGAUUUGCAGAUUCCAAACAGCUAAAAGAAGAGCAGCGGGAUCAACUCUUCCAAACACUUUCGAAGCAUCCCGAUUGGAUUGGCUGGGCUGUCCAUGUUUGCAGUCCUCAGGACAUCUCUGAAUGCAUGUUGCGACGAGCUAAACAUAAUCUCAAUGAGCUCGCUCAUGACACGACGAUAGAUCUCAUUGCGCGCGUAUUGAAGAAUGGGGUGCAGGUGACAGAGGUCUUUGUCGACACAGUUGGACCGCCAGAUUCCUACAAAAAGAAACUAGAGGCGCAUUUUCCGCGGAUCGACUUCACCGUCACAAAGAAAGCAGAUUCGUUAUUUCCAUGCGUGAGUGCUGCUAGUAUAUGUGCAAAGGUGACUCGAGAUGCCAUCCUUCGUGGGUGGGUGUUUGCCGAAACGGGACUGGACGACGUUUUCUCUCGGGAAUUUGGAUCGGGUUAUCCUUCUGAUCCAAACACUAUUAAGUGGCUGAAUGAGCACAUCGACCGCGUUUUCGGUUACCCGAGAGUCAUCCGAUUUAGCUGGUCAACAUGUGCCAAACUGCUGGAAGAUAAGGGAGUCUGCGUACGAUGGCCUGGAGAUGACGAAGAUCGUCAGACUAAAAGUGCCGAUAUCCGAGGACUAUUUGGACGCAGUGAUAGCACUCAGAGCGAGGAGGGGAGCGAGCCGCCUCGAAAAAAACCAGAAAGAGAUCCCAUAUUUAGGAGUUUGCGACACGUCAUGACGAUAUGAAUAUACCUCUCGCGCGGGCGUCACGCGGCUAACUGAAUUCUAAGUUUUCAAAUUCUUCGUAAUGGAUGGGCAUGCCAUAUGCUCACCAUGUCCAACCCAUACUAUUAUACUCAUUAGUAUUCAUACCCCAUAUAUACAAUUGACCAAAAACAAACUGCCUCACGGAGAUUUUAUAGUCUAUCACAUAGGACUUCGCGCAACCCUCCCUUAAAUUAGAAUUUACAAAGCUCGUAGCCCUUUCAUUCCUCUGCCCGCAAAGUCGGUUUCACAUAAUACACUAAGCACAAGUUAGAUGCGACA